CACAUAUACUUCUCUAGUUGUCACUUCACUUGAGAGACAGCACUGCAAGACUUUAGAGAGAGAGAAGUCUUUUUAUAUGUGUUCACAUCAAGAAUCGUAAACCUACUCGAUCUCUAAUCAACCCAUUACACCAAUUUUGUAAGUAAAAGUUUUCGCCAAUACCCCUUUGCAAUGAACAUCUCUGCCCAGUUCUAUGAUCCGCUCCCGUUUUACAGCAGACAAGAAUCAUCCUCACCGUCCGAUGCCAGUAGUUCUACUGAAGCUCAUGGCAACUCAGAUGAAGAAGUAGUGUUACUGGCCUCUAAUCGUCCCAAGAGGCGUGGUGGGAGAAGAAUAUUCAAGGAGACUCGUCAUCCAGUUUUCAGAGGUGUAAGGAGGAGAAAUGGUAAUAGGUGGGUGUGUGAGCUCAGAGAACCUAAUAAGAAGUCACGUAUAUGGCUUGGUACGUAUCCUACGCCUGAAAUGGCAGCUAGGGCACACGAUGUAGCAGCAUUGGCGCUUAGAGGAAAGUCCGCUUGCCUUAACUUUGCUGAUUCUGCUUGGAGACCGUUGCCAGUGCCAGCUUCUCUAGAUGCUAGGGAUAUUAGGAAGGCUGCCAAGGAGGCCGCAGAGUUGUUUCCGACUCAAGUAUUUGCAUGUGAUGAUCAAGUUACAGUGAAAGGUAGUAACGUGAUGGAGGAUUCGAUUGAAGCUUCCAGUGAUGAAGGCAAAGUUUUUGAAGAAAAUGGCUUGUUUAUUGAUGAAGAGGCGGUAUUCGAGAUGCCAAGAUUACUCGAGGAAAUGGCACAAGGUCUUCUACUGCCUCCACUGCAUUUUGAUUCGGAUGCUACUGUCUUGGAAACUUAUGUUGAUAUUUCUUUGUGGAAUUACUAACUAUUUUUCGUCAAGAGAUCACUUGGUACUAUCUGAAGCAUUGCUCCUUCUCUCGCAGAUAUAUGAGUCCAUUUUCCUUCAAAUAAGAAAAACUGAAAAAGUUUAAAAGGAGCACUAUUUUUUUUAAUGCUCCCAACCAAACUGUUGCUUGUAGAAUCAUAGAAUUAUUAUGGAAAAUAUAUAGUAGCUCUUAUAGAUUAUACUCAUUCAAACUUGAGCAAAGGAUACAAUCCCAUUUUGAAAGUAUUCUUUCUAUCCUUUUUUUUUUUUUUUUUCUGUUGUAUUAGUCCCAUGAUUGCUGGGAUUGGAUUCUGUUUUAUUCUUAGCAAGUCAUUUAUUAUAGGCUGUAAAUAUAUAUGGUAAUCAAGGGAUGUGUGCAAUUACAAUCAAUUGCGAAUCUCUUUUUUGUAUUGGAGCUCAAACCAAAGGUUUAAAUACCAUUUUUUUUCCUCAAUCUUCAUGGCCUUCCAAUCAUCUUCUUCUGACUCUUCUCCUCUGUUGCCUGCCAUUUUCCAUCACUUCACAACCAGUAACUAUCAAGCUCGCUUCCUCCAAUUACCUACUUUGAAGAACAC